AUGAUCGUGGAGGAUUGGGUAAAAUUGAAAAAUACAGAAGAGAGAAGUAUAAUGAUCCGUAGAGCACAGAGUGCACGUAUAAUUAUUACAUUCGCAUACUGCAUAAUGGGAAUAGGAUGCUUUUUUCUUAUCGUUCUACCUAGCUUUGGAAUAUCAAUGAGAGACACUACCAACAUUACUGACCCAGGCAGACCAAUGCCUCUACAAACUUAUUACAUUUACGAUGUAACAAAAAGUCCACAAUACGAACUGACAUUUAUUAGUCAAUCUAUUUAUAUCAUUAUUGCCAUGAUGUCUUAUAGUGGAAUCGAUAAUUUUCUCGGGCUGUUGGUUUUCCAUAUAUGUGGUCAAUUAGAUAUUCUGAAGAAUCGUUUAACAAAUUUGGAUAAAUGUAAAAAUUCUCAUAAAAUACUAAAUAAUUGUAUAACAAGACACAGACGCUUACUUAGAGUCAUUGACAUUAUUGAAGAUACAUAUAAUGUAAUACUUCUCUUUUUAUUUGUAUAUUUUGCCAUUCUUUUCGCUUUUUACGGUUUUCGGAUAAUUACAUUAUUUGAUGAAGGAAAUAAUAUAUCAUUCUCUCACUUGGUAUAUUUUGCAUCCACCGUAAUCAAUAUAUUUGCACAUAUGUGCCUAUAUUGCGCUCUUGGUGAGAUUUUAGUUGCCCAGUGCAAUAAAAUAUAUUACGCAGCGUACACUAAAUGGUACAUCAUGAAUUCUAAAGAAACACAAAACUUGUUGAUUUUAAUGAUCAGAGGUUCUAAACCGGUUUAUCUUACUGCUGGAAAGGUAUUCCCUGUAACAAUGGCAACGUUUUGCAGUUUAGUAAAAACGUCAGUUGGCUAUAUAUCCGUCUUACAUACAACGAGAAAUUAA